AUGUUGUACAUAGCGCUUCUCAGUCAGCCUCUGCAGCUGCCGAAGCUGGAGCUAAGGCUCGAGAUGCUGCCGACCAUUGCUGAUCUGGCAGCGGCAGGAGGCAGCGCCAGCAGGUCAGCGAUUGCUGACGCAAGUAAAGGGAAGGUGCUUGAUUGGCUGCUGGAAGGGCUCGUUAACAGUGACUCUCGAGUGAGGAGGGAGGCGGCUCGGGCAAUUGCCAGCCUGUUGAGAGACGCUGACGUGGCACCAAGAGUGCUGAAUAGAGAGGGCAGCAUCCGGCGAAUUCUGACGUGGAUAGCAGAGCUGGAUUCUGCUGCAAGCAUAGAGGCAGGAAGAAGCGCAUUUGCCAGUCCUGAUGUUUCCAGUACGGAGCACGCUGGUGAUCAUUCAGGUGCUGGUGAGAGCUCAGGUGCUGGCAACAGUGCGUCCGGUGGUGCUAAGUUAUCACCGAAGCCAUCCUCUGUUCGCCUGUCGAGUGCACUUCUGCGCUAUCACCCCCUUAUAGACGCACUUAUGGACCUCCUCACUGAACCACCCCCGCUGACCCAACAUUCGAUACAGUCACGCCACCCUGCUUCACUGCUAAGGCCCGACAUUGAGCCGCUGAGAGGGCCAGACCUGGUUGAACGGGCAGCUGAGGUGGAUGUGAGGGCUGCCCUGGAUGUGCUUACAUGGGGGGAGCCUGUAGAGAGGGAGGAGAGCAGAAGGUGGUGGGGGUGGGGAGGGAGGAGGGGAAGCGAAGGGGGGAAAGGGGUAGGAGAGCGAGGAGGAGAGGGAGGCAGGGGAGUAGAGGAUGGGGGAUCAGGGGGGAUGGGUAUUGGACUUGGGGGUCAUGCUGGCACGACCAUAUGGGGAGUCAUGAUUGAUGCAGCCAAUGAGACCAUGCCACGUGUCUGUGCUCCAGAGGCUGGCGUGCUUGCUUACAGGACCAGAAGUGUUGCUGAUGAAAGAUUCAUUGGUGAGAGGACCAGGUUUGAAUCGUUUGACCAGGCCAGACUUCCAGGAACUGGACAGGGUGGGCAGGGAAGGAAAUGGGAUGAUGCUUUUUCAACUCCUGGGCUGUGGGACGAUCUGCCAGGGCAGUCAGUUGCUGCCUUGCUGGCAGCAUGGGCAAUCGACAAGUGGACCGCCACGUCAGCAUUCAAUCGCCAGCUCAUUGCCAGCAUGGACAGCGAGGGAGAUGCUUUGGCGGUUGUUGCGGUGGCACCUGAACAAAUGGUGAGGUUCCAUGUGGCACGCGCUAUUGGAAGGGUUGCAAGGGAGCAGGAGAUGUGCUUAUACGGAGGGAAAGGUGAUGAGAAAGAUGGGAAGGGCGACGGUGUGUUAAGCAAGGUCGGCGCACGAGUGGCAGGGUGGAAGGAUGCUGUGGUUGUGAGGUCUCAGAAAAUUGUGAGUGGAAGGAGGGAGAUGGAGGAGAGGCCAGGGAGUGAAAGAGCGACAAUAAAAGAAGGGAAAACCAAGGGAGACGGAAUGGCAGCCUGGGGAGAUGGAACAGUGGCAGGAGGAACAGGGGCCGGAGCAACAGGGGCAGCAGCAAGCUUGUUUGUGACGCCAGCAGCCAUACGCAGCUGGUCACAUGCAUUGCUGAGCUCAGCAUCGCCUCCUUUGUCUGCCUUCCACCACGAAACAGCUGUUCUGGUGGAGGUGCUAUCUGCUGCUGUUCACAUGGCGCAUUCCGCCUCUGCCUCCUCUCGUUCUGCUGCUGCUGCUUUGGAUUCGCGUGGGGGUGACGUGGCAUGGGGGGGAAAGGACAGGGGCGGGAAAGGGGAGCGAGGUAGGGCGAAUGUAGGGAAGGAGAAAGAGAUUGGCAAGGGAGGGACGGCCGCGUGGAGGAACGGGCAGGUGGGGAGAGGGGCUGAAAUUGUAGGGAAGCAGGCCGAUGGGGCAGUGGAAGGGAGGCAAGAAGGGGUGGAUGUGGAAGGGGGAGAAGUGGGGAGCUACAAGCUUGGGAAGGAAUGGACAGAUGUGGCGGUGGGAGUAGGCCUGCUGUGGCUCUCUGAAAUGCUCAUGUGCGCUGUCAGGGAUAAGGAGGCAGCGAGACAAGCAGUGAAAACAGGACGGGCGGGAGUGGGCUCAGGGGAAGUAGCGGGUGCUGCGGGCAGGAAGGGAGAGGGAGGGAGGCAGGGAGGGGGCAAGAGCGCGGAGAGUGUGGGGAUGACAGUAGCGACAAUGAAGUACCUUGAGUCGCUGUGGAGAGGAAGAAAGGGAGCAAACGGGCAAGGGUCUCCAGCCUUGCCUGCAGAUCAACCCACUGGGGCUCAUCCUGUGAAAGCUCCAAGAAACCAAGCACUGCCAGGGGGGGAUGCGCGUGGGGGAGAUUUUCCCAGGAAGCAAUUGACUGACGAGCAGUUGCAUGGAGGGGCAGGUGGGGCGAGUGCGGGUGAGAGCGCAGGAGAGAAGUCCUCGUGGUGGUCGUAUGUGAAUCCGUGGGGCGGGUCGGGCGUGGCUGGGGCAGCGGGACAGGCAGUGGGGGUAGGGUCAGGUAGCGUGCAGCAGGGGAGGGAGAGGGGUGUGAAGGGGCGGGGAGAGCAGGCGAGUGGGGCACUGGGAGGGGAGGCGAGAGGGGAGCUGGGAGGGGCGUUGAGUGAGAAGCACCGCGCAGUGAGGGACGAGGCCCUGCGGUCCGCCAGCACUGCUGUGGUCCGCCUGGGUGUGGCGCUUGGGAGCGAGGCCUGGGGAUGGGGGGUAGAGGGUGGUGGGAGCGGCGGAGUGGGGGAGAGGAAGAGCGGAACGGGGGAAGGAAAUGGCGGUAUGGUGUCUGGGGAGCGGGAGGGCUGCAGAGUGCGUUCAGAGGAGCGAGAGGUAGAAGGGUCAGUGCGAGUAGGUAUGAGGGGGGCUUUGGGGGAAACGGGAGGAGACGACUCUGUACCAGUAGUACGCGAUGCAGGUAAGGCCAGCAGCAGAUCCAGCCAAGCUGCUGCGGGUGGUGCUUCUGCUGUUUCUGGUGCUAUUAGUAGAAAAGAUGCUGAUGCUACAGUGAAUGUUACUGUAGACGAGCUGCUUAAAGUGGCGGAAGAGGAGCACGAGCAUCUAAUGGACCUGCUAGGCUUUGAAGGAGGGCUGUACUCUACGCGGUCAGGACUGGUAGCUUCUAACGAGGAUAAACCUCCAGCCAGUGAUGAGCCUCCACGUGUGAAUGUUGUAGAGGCUCUGGAUGCGGCUGCAGCAGCGGUGAAAGCGCUCGCUGAGCUGGCGAGUGAGGAUUGGGAGAUGCAGGAGCAGCUGGUGGCAGGUGGAGGGGUGGAGCUGAUGCGGCGGCUGCUGAUUGGUCGGGAGUACUGGGAAUGGGUGAGAGGCGAAGAGGAGGUCAAGCGGAGGGAUGAGAAUGGAGUUCUGGAGAAGACCCCUGCGCCUGUGUUGGACGUGGUGUUUGUGCAUGGGAUGAGGGGCGGUCCCUUCAAGUCAUGGCGCAGGGGAGAGGCAGUGCCUGCUGUAGCACCGCCUCCCGGAGCACCCAUGGCAACUGUAGCGAAAACGCCUGUAGCGGGGACGCCUGUAGCGGGGGCGUCUGUAGAAAAAACGCCUGUGGUUUUGGUCCCUGACGAGGAGCCGAGGAUAGAGCGUAGGGUAGGAGAAGGGGUGCGAGAGAGUGAGGUUGUGAGAGUGGGUGAGGUGGUGGGUGAGGAUGAGAGAGGGGGUGAGAGAAUGAGACAGGGUGGGGUAGAGAUGGAAAGCAUGAUGGGUGGGGAGAUUAGGAGGGAGGGAGUGGGACGAGGUGGGGAAAGGGAUGGAGGGAAGGAGGAAGGGAAGAGUGUGGGAGAUACAGAGGCAUCAAUGCUAGGGAGAGGGGGGAGUGUGGUGGAGGUGGAGCCGUCAAAGUUGCUGGAGGCGACACUGAAGGAGGAGGAGGAGGGUGGCAAGAAGGGGUCGUGCUGGCCCUCUGCUUCUUCCCUUGCGUGCGUGGUCAUUCUUGUUUGUUUCCUUUCGAUGGGGAGAUGCCUACAGGAGCUUGAUUGCCCUCGCUUUCUCCGCCUGACGUCCUGCCUCUUCCCUCCCCACCUCCUCCCGCAGGACAUCAGCAUUCUGCUGCUGCACAAGUUGGUGGCAGCGGGAGUGGGCAAGAGGCGGGUGCUGUCUGUGAGCUCUUUGAGACGCCUCAGAUGUCCUGUUUUUACCCUCGCCUCCCCCCUUCUCCCCACCUUCCUCCCGCAGGACAUCAGCGUUCUGCUGCUGCACAAGCUGGUGGCGGCGGGAGUGGGCGAGCGGCCGGUGGUGUUUGUGACGCACAGCAUGGGCGGGCUCAUCGUCAAGCAGAUGCUCGCCCUCGCACGUGCCAGCGACCUGCCAGAGAUUCGAGCCUUGGCUGAGAGGACAACAGCCAUCGUAUUCUAUUCCGUGCCGCACUUUGGCAGCAGGAUAGCAGACUACUCGUGGAGAGCCCGAGCUGUGCUGCGACCUGCACCUUCGGCGGACUGUCUGCGCAUGUCAUCGCCCCAUGUGGAGGGUCUCAACACCAUGCUGAGGCACAUGCACAAGCAGGGCAAGAUUCAAGUGCUCUCCUUUGCAGAGGUGCGCGGGUGGGGAGAGGGCGCGGUGUAG